AUGGAUUUUUCUAGGCUAGUUAAACAUCAGUUAUUAGCUAUCAUCUUCAUUUCCAUCACCCUAACCAAAGUUAGUUGCUUUUAUUUCAAUUUCCCUACCUUCCAACCAGAGGAUGAUGCUGAAUUAUUGCUGAGCAAAAACUCAAAAAUAUACUUAGAGGCUAUCCAAAUAACCCCUGAUAUUCGUGGUGUAAUAGCGAACUAUUCUGGACGUACUUUCUACAAAAAGCCAUACAAACUUUGGAGCAAGAAGAAGAACAAAAUUGCUGAUUUCAACACCACUUUUGUGCUUAACAUUGGUCCCCAAACUUCACCUGGUGGAGAAGGCUUGGCCUUUAUCUUAACUUCAGAUACCACUCUCCCAGAAAACAGUUCAGGUGAAUGGCUAGGUAUUGUAAAUGCUUCAACCAAUGGAACUUCUCAAUCUCCAAUUCUUGCAGUGGAGUUUGACACACGAAAAAGUUUCACUGAAGAUGGCCCCGACAACCAUGUUGGCAUCAACAUAAAUAGCAUCUACUCAAUAAAACAGGUACCUUUGAUAAACUAUGGGAUCAAUGUUUCAUCUGGUAUAAAUGUAACGGUGAGGAUUCAGUAUUCCAAUGAUAUAAUAUCUGUUUUUGGUUCCAUGAAUGGAACUUCAGAAGAAUUUAUGGAGACCCUUUUGGUAUCUCCACCUCUUAAUCUAUCUUCCUAUCUUCAAGAAGAGGUUUAUCUUGGUUUCUCUGCUUCAACAAGUAUAUACACCGAGUUGAACUGUGUAAGAGCAUGGGAAUUUAACGGUAUAGAUAUUGCAAAUGAUAAUAAAAUUCUAUUGUGGAUUUGGGUCACGGUAAUUACAACUGUGAUUACUAUUAUCAUAUGUGGGGUGGUUUUUUUCUUGGUUUGGAAAAGGAAACAAAGCAUGGAGAAGCCAGAGGAUGCAUUUCCAAGAAUAGAGGAUCAAAUUCAAUACUCAUCUAUGGCUCCAAAGAAGUUUCGGUUAAGGGAAAUCACAAAAGCAACGGGUGGUUUCAGCCUUCAAAAUAAGCUUGGUCAAGGUGGUUUUGGAACAGUGUAUAAGGGUCUAUUGGAAAACAAGGAGAUAGCUGUGAAGAGAGUUUCAAAGAACUCACGUCAAGGUAAGCAAGAAUUCAUAGCUGAAGUAACAACAAUUGGAAGCCUUCACCACAGAAACCUUGUGAAACUCACAGGGUGGUGCUAUGAGAGCAAAGAGCUUCUCCUUGUCUAUGAGUUCAUGCCUCAUGGAAGCUUAGACAAGUACCUCUUUGGUGAUGAUAACAAGUUUGGUAAUGACACACUGAAUUGGAAAAUUAGACACAGUAUAAUACAUGGGGUGGCUCAAGCAUUGGACUAUCUUCACAAUGGUUGUGAAAAGAGGGUUCUUCAUAGAGACAUCAAAGCCAGCAACAUAAUGUUGGACUCAGAAUUCAAUGCAAAAUUGGGUGACUUUGGUUUGGCUCGUACAAUUGAGAAGAGAAAUGAAACUCACCAUUCAACAAAAGAGAUUGCAGGAACACCAGGUUACAUGGCACCUGAAACCUUUCUCACAGGAAGGGCAACAGUGGAAACUGAUGUUUAUGCAUUUGGUGUGCUUGUGUUGGAGGUUGUGUGUGGAAGGAGGCCAGGGGAUUUGUGUUCAGAGGAUGACUACAAGAACAGCAUUGUGUAUUGGGUGUGGAAGCUUUAUGGCAAAGGAACAAUAGUUAGUGCUGUGGAUAAAAAGAUGAGUAAAGAGGAAGAGAUAAAGGAGGAAGAAGUGGAAAGUGUGCUUGUUCUUGGUUUGGCUUGUUGCCAUCCAAACCCACAUCAAAGACCAUCUAUGAGAACUGUUUUGCAAGUUCUCAAUGGGGAAACACCUCCACCUAUGGUACCUAAGGAAAGACCUGCUUUUGUUUGGCCUGCAAUGCCUCAAUCAUUCAAAGAAGGUGAAGAUACCUCACUCAUCCAAGGAUCAGCCACUCCAAUAUUCUCUGAUAUCAGUGGCAGAUGA